AUGGCCAAGCAUCGGCUGCCGACCAUCUUCAGCGUCAAUCAGGGCCGUACGAUUGUCGCGGCGAUGGACGGCUGCGAGAUGUGCAUCGACGCGCUACGCGAUUUCGUGGAGGAGCGGAUGCGGAAGCACGACGACCGUUUGAUCGUGGCGCUCUAUCACAACCGCACGUCGUGGCGAUCCGCGCUCCGCGUCUCUCGAGCAGGCAAGCAACGCCCCUCCAUCUCUCCCUUCUUCCUCUCCAUUCCCUCAUUCCUCCUCUUCCCUCCCUCACUUCUUCCUCACUCUUUCCUCACCCCUUCCUCUCUCCUCCAUUUCCCCAUGCGACGGAUACGACACGGACGGCACCGACCGGCAGCGCCCCAUUCAUUGUCCCUUCCCAUCCUCUCCCUCCCUCACAUUACCCUCCCUUUCCCUUUCCUCUCUCUCCCCUUUCCUCCUCCAGACUCCAUAAAAGACGGCGAGGAAACUGAUGGCAGCGACAGGGAGCAGGCGCUCAAGGAGCUCAUGACGGCCACGGGCGGGGCGGGCGGGGGAGGAGCGCACGGCCCGUCGGUGAGCAACGUGUCGACCAUCGGGACGGGCACAGCGGUGAUCGACGAGGCCACAGCACCCGUGCUGCUGAAACGCCUCAAGUGGGACGGCGACGCCAAACAGGCGCUCUCCCGGCUUGUGGGAGUCUCUAUUGAAAAGAAGGUGCGCUUUGAGGUGGCUCUACUGGAUUCCAAGUCCGUGCCAUCUGCGGUUGUCAAUUUCUGCGACAUGAUCUCAGCGGAUGUGCUGGUGCUGGCCACGACACGUGGCAUCUCCAGGCAUGAGCCAGCUCAGCAGAACACGAUCCAGAAAGUGCUGUCCAAGAUUGGCCACGUCAGCCACACUGAGCUGGCGCACCACUGCAGCAAGAACGCCCCGUGCGCGGUGGUGAUUAUAUCGGAGCAUGAGGAGGAGGACGAGGAGGGAUAA